AUGACGCCUCUAUCAGCGCAUUUAGCUGCCGGUCGGGGCUUCAGGAUACCCGACGGCGACCUCACUGCUCUGGUGGAAAAGGUGAUAUCAUCCCAUUCCACGGAGCGUGAGCGGCACAUGUCUUUGGGUCAUUGCUUGGGCGCGGCUAUUGAAUCUGAUAGGGAGGGAAGUAUCACGAGGAUUUUCAGCACACUAGGAUCCACUCCGCCCCGUCACCCUACGCUCGCCUCUCUGUUGCUGGUCUACCUUCUGACCCGUUCCUCACCUCUAGAGUACAAGGGACUCCUAGAGGCAUCAGCUGCUUGUGCUGGUGACAGGGAGGAUGAGCUCACUGCUGUUGAUGCAUAUCGGAUUCGUGCUCAGGCGAGUCGAGAAGCAGCAAAGAGAGAAAGGAUAGAAGGUGGUUGGCGAGAUAUUUAUGACAUUUCUGAGCUCAUCGGGAAGCCCCAGUUGUAUCCCCCUGAUGCCAAUCGCGAGUUCACGGAUGUUGGUUCGUUGUUUUUCCCUGUGGUCGAUCCGAUCGAGAAAGUAGUCUAUGAGACCAAUGACGGCUUCCAUUAUGUGAAUGAUAAGACUGAGUCUCGGUGGAUCCACCGACUCCGACAUAAAGUGGCUGAGAAGAAUGGUUACACUAUAAAGAUGUCACCUCUCGCUGACUGGUGCUUAAGGCCUGGGAUAAGAGAAGAAAAAGAGGAGCAUUGA